CUACUUCUGGCUGACUGACGAUGCCAACUGUAUCCUGCGACAAGGAAGAGCUAUGGAAGCGGUUGGGACGGGCGUACUCUGCAGAAGAGUUCGAUCACCUGCUUUUUGAGUUCGGCUUGGAACUUGAUGAGGACACGACGGAGGAGGUGGAGGCCGCGAUCAAGAAGGGACUCCCCGCCGAGCGUCCGCAACUAAAAAUCGAGAUUCCUGCAAACAGAUAUGACCUUCUCUGCAUAGAAGGCAUCGCACGGGCACUCCGCAUCUUCCUUGGCCUAGACAAGCCCCCAAAGUACAAGCUCGCGUACCCUCCUGGCGGAGAGGCUGACCUGAUCACUACUACUGUAACUCAGGAUACUCAGCGAAUCCGUCCUUUCUUCGCGUGCGCUGUCCUGCGUAACGUCAAGUUCACCGAACGGUCAUACGAGUCCUUCAUAGACUUGCAGGACAAGCUGCAUCAGAAUCUUUGCAGAAGACGGCAGUUCGUUGCCAUCGGUACGCACGACCUCGACACCAUUCAAGCACCCUUCCGGUAUGAGGCACGACCGCCGAAGGACAUCAAGUUCAUACCGCUAUCCAAAGACAGAGCAUACACUGCGGAAGAGUUGAUGACAGUGUACGAGUCAGAGAAGCACUUGGCACGCUACCUACCCAUCAUUCGCGACUCACCUGUAUACCCCAUCAUCUACGACCAGCAAGAUCGCGUUCUAUCCAUGCCUCCAAUCAUCAACUCGGAGCACAGUAAAAUAACUCUCAACACACGGAAUAUCUUCAUCGAUAUCACGGCUACUGACGAGACGAAGCUCGGCAUCGUGGCAAACAUCAUCUCAACAAUGUUCUCAGAAUACUGCGCAGAGCCUUACACGAUUGAGCCGUGCAAGGUUGUAUAUCCUGAUGGAAGUGUUCGCAUUACGCCCGACUUGCAGUACAGGGCAACUUCGGCACACGCAUCCUACGUGAACUCAUGUACCGGCCUUACGCUGACAGCAGAGGAGGUCGCCAAGCUUCUCGAACGCAUGACCCUCACAGCAUCCCUCUCUCCCAAUGAUCCGGAUGAAGUGAUCGUGCAAGUCCCACCCACUCGACCGGAUAUCUUGCACGAGUGCGAUCUCAUGGAAGAUGCCGCCAUCGCGUAUGGGUUCAAUAAGCUUCCCGACACCUUCCCGGCAACGAGCACCGUCGCGCAACCGCUGGCGAUCAGCAAGCUCAGCGACAUCGUACGUUUGGAAUGGGCCUUCGCCGGCUGGAUUGAGGCCCUGCCGCUCAUCCUAUGCUCACACGAGGAGAACUUUGAGUGGAUGAACCGGAAAGAUGACGGCAAGACCGCGGUUCGGAUCGCCAACCCCAAGACGCUCGAGUUCCAGGUCGUGCGCACAUCCCUCCUACAGGGCCUCCUCAAGACGAUCCGUGAGAACCGCUCGCACCCGCUGCCCAUUCGCGUGUUCGAGACGUCGGACGUCGUGUUCAAGGACCCGUCCUACGAACGCCAGGCGCGCAACGUCCGCCACGCCGCGGCCGUGUGGUGCAACAAGACCGCCGGAUUCGAGAUCGUCCAUGGGCUGCUCGACCGCAUCAUGCUCAUGCUCGAGGUCCCGCUCAUCUCGAGAGACGACACAAAGGCGAAGACGGGGUACUAUAUCAAGGAACGCGAAGACCCUACAUUCUUCCCCGGGCGCGCUGCGACGAUCUACUACCGGCCCCCGAAGGACGCGUCUGGGCUCACUGUCCUGAAGCGCACGCUCAAGGCUGCGCUCAACCGCCCAGACGACCUCGAGAUCGGCGUGCUCGGGAUCCUGCACCCCACCGUGCUGGAGAAGUUCGAGAUCACGUACCCCUGUUCCGCGCUCGAGUUCAACCUGGAGCCGUUCAAGAAGGAGCUACAGACGCCGUUCGCGUAGAAGCGUAUUGUUCGUAGAUGAGGAGAAGUUGAAACAAAUGUAUUCGUGAUAUACAGCAGCGUUAUUUCACUAGAAAAUCGCGGCUUGUACUAGCGUAUUGCGGACUGGCGAGGUGUCCGAGCGGUCGCUGCCCCAGUGUGUUAAAUAUGUGUUAAAGAUCUGAUACAAAAAUGGUACACGAAAGACAGGGAUCCAAGCAGCUCCCCGUCAAUUUGGUUUGGAUCGUGCGAUAGAUGCUAGGGUGUAGCACGAGAGGGCGAACGGGAUCCGAGACAGGUCCAUGAUCAAUUCCAGAUUAGCACUCCCCGACGGCCGACCCGACGGACGCACCCAGGGAGCAAAGCGUAUACAAGACAUCAUGCGAUCCGUCCAGAACAACUUCUUGCGAGAUACCAUACCCCAGUCGACGCGCAUGCAUCUACAGACAAAUUCCUCCCCGUCCCCCUCAUCUCCCUCAUAGCAGUCCUGCCGACCGCAGGUCCUGGUGCAACCGCGCCUCGUCCGCGUACGCGCGCGCGAUGCGCUCGUUGCGCACGGGGUCGGACUCGUCCAGCGGGAGGAUGUACGUGUUGCGCGGGGGCACGGCCUCCUCGUCCUCCUCCUCGCCCUCGCCCUCGUGGUACGCCGCGCCCGGGAAGCCGAGGCCCUGGCGGAUGAGCGAGCCGUCGGCGAGGCCCUGCAGCCCGAAGACGCGCUCGAUGGAGUGGAUGAUCGCGGCAGAGCGGGCGCGUUCUUCGGGGGUCGCUUGGGCGGGCGCGUCGUCCUGCGAGGAGAGGAUGCCGCGCUCCCACCGCUUAACGCGCCAGAAACCGAGGAGGGAGGUCAGGAGUAUAAACCAGCCGACUGUCAUCAGGAGGAACGAGAGCCACUCCGACGUUGCGUCCCCGUUGAGGAAGGCGCCGUCGGUCGUCGUCGACGGGGUCGCAGGCGCGGUUGCGUUCAGAGCGAGGUUCUUGUAGUACGCCUCCGCCUCCGCCGCCGUGCCGAACGUCGGGCGCGGCUCCUCGGUCGACUGCCAACCGGCCCACACGUCCCCAUCCCCGCCCCCGAUGUCGUCCCGCCCGCGCAUGGCGAAGCCGUACUGGAUGAGCGUGAUGCCGAGGCCGGCGCGGGACCCGAGCUUCGCGGCGUGGGUGGUGUGCAGGAGGUACGUGAGGAGGAAGCCGACGAACUGGAAGGAGAUGGAGACGAGCAUGUUCCAGAGGAACGAGAAAAGGCUGCCCGUCGGCAGCGAGUCGAUGAUGACGUCCCCCGGGGUGUUCGCGGCCGACGGCGCGUGGAUCGUCGUCUCCCAAUACGGCGGGACGGCGUCCGCCUGCGCCUGCGCGUACGUCGGCGGGACCUCCUUCUGCACCUCUUCGGGGACAAGGAGGACAUUGUCGCCCUCCUGUAUGCGCCGCUGCCGAGUGGGCUUCGCAGUCACGUUCGCGAACACGCCGUCGUUGGCGGUGCCGCCGCCGACGGGCCCGUGGGGCCUGUCGGAGGACCCCAGGCCGAGCCGCUCGACGUAGUGCGUCGGGAGCACCGACGCCGCCGUCCUCCUGAGCCAGUUCCCCCUCCCCGGCCCCGAGCCCGCGUCCGUGCGCACCUCGCUAAACGACGGGACGAGCCCGUUGGAGUUGCCAAACUCGUUCGGGAGCGCCCGCGGGGUGGGACCGGGCGGUGAGCCAGGCGGGGGGCGGAUGUAGUCGAAGUCGGUGUUCUCAAAAUUGUAUGUCGCAGGUGCCGGGGCGGGGGGUGUGCCCGAGUGAUUCACAGCGUCGUAGUUGUGCGACGGGGGCUCGGCAUUGGGGAGGGACUGGUAUCCGUUGCGGGAGGUCGGUGGGGUACGGUGGUCGUCUUCGUCAUCCGAGUCGUCGAAAGCGGCCUCCAUCUCGUCGAUCACAUCUGGGUCCAUCACCAGCCAAUCUCAUCGCAUUCCAUAUUUGGUGCUGUAUACGUUGUGGCAUAACCAUCCCGCAGCACGCUCCCAUUGGCUCGGUCCGCGUACACAGCUCUGCGAGCAACUUGCCUCUCUUGACACUGUUCCUCCUUGUCCUCACGCUUCUCGUAGCGAUAUCCAUCCAUCCAGGCCAUUCCAGGCCACCGCUUUCUCCUUACUCAUCUGAUCCAGAUUGAUAUCACUAGUCAUAUAUGGCACGGCGCUGGGACUACGCAGUACAUGCAACAGUAUGGGAUCACGGCCACCGACGACGCUAUCUACUCCGACCAAAGCAUAUUUAGCAGCCAUGAGAAGGGAUGUUGUUGGGCUCGACACCAUAACACGACGUCCAUAAAUCAGUAAUAUCACAGCUCCGCCACUUGGCGGAACGGCCGGAGGUGCCAAUGAGACAUCCUCUCGGGGGCGAGGAAUGCAUCGCCCGCUCGCGUCACAAGAGACCGAGACGGGCGACAUGCAAGAGCCUAGUGGGGCAUACGGGUAGCUGCUACGGAGUUUUCGUCAGCGCCGAUGUGGAGCGACGCGGGCGGCGCAGCGUACGUACCAGAAGGCUAGCGCAUGUGGAGGUCUGCACGGUUCGCGUUGCGAACCAGCCGCUGCACGCGUUGGCAGCUCUCCAUUCGCGCGUCCAUGAGCUCCGAGAACAUCUCGAGAAGCCGCGCACCGGGCUCGGUUGGUGGUGCGCGCACUGGGCGGCGCUUGCGCGCGUGGAGGCUGACGCCGUCGAGCUUCAGACGCAUGGUGUUCUUCCGCCGCAUCCAACGCGUCGCGUCCGAGCGACUGAGGGACGGUGGCGGGGCAUCGGGCUCCGACUUGAUGACCGAGACGGCGGUGUCGGAGGAUGUAGUGGAUGCGGGUGAUAGUAAACCUUGCGAUGCACAAGGGGAGGGCGUGUUGGAAUGGUCGGAUGGAGGGGCGUCGAUGCCCUUGGUGAUAGCGAGCUCGAGGGCUGCGCGGGUGUGGUGGACCCAGUAGCGUUCCUGCUGGUAGAAGGCCUCGAGGGACUCCAAUAGGGACACGGCAGGGUGGGGGCCGUCGGGAGAGGUAGGGGACUGAG